GGUGGCUGUAGAGAGGAGCAAUAGGAUGCUGCUCUACCCAGAGGCAGCUCUCCAGUCUCAGCUGGUAUAACAGUUGAACAGAGUAGCCAAAGCUUUUCUGGCAGGUUUCUCAUUCCCACUGUCUGCUGUGCUGCCUCACUCCUUUUUUUCUUUCUUUCCUCUUCUUACUUGUUUGUGGUGAUUUUGGUGGGCUGGGAGAGGCACAUCAUUUCUGGAACUGAGGAGAGGAACAUCCAAGAUGACUUCUAUCCCCACAGCCAACGGGAACAUGAGCAUGAGCAGCAGGUGGAACAUUAGCCUUGCUGCAGUGGGUGAUCCCUGGGGACAGGAACUGGGAGCAUCAGCUGGAAACUCUUCUCACCCUGUAGCAUCCUCAGCAGCCAACUUCUCCAACCAAUUUGUGCAACCCUUUUGGCGCAUUGCCCUGUGGUCUCUGGCUUAUGGUGGUGUGGUGGCAGUGGCUGUUUUUGGAAAUCUCAUUGUCAUCUGGAUUAUCCUGGCUCACAAGCGCAUGAGGACAGUGACCAAUUACUUCCUGGUGAACCUGGCCUUCUCCGAUGCCUCCAUGGCUGCUUUUAAUACUCUCAUCAAUUUCAUCUACGCGCUGCACAGUGAAUGGUACUUUGGAGAGGCUUACUGCCGCUUCCACAACUUCUUCCCAAUUACAGCUGUCUUCGCCAGCAUCUACUCCAUGACAGCAAUAGCUGUGGACAGAUACAUGGCCAUUAUUGACCCCUUGAAACCUAGGCUCUCUGCAACUGCUACAAAGGUGGUCAUUGGGAGCAUAUGGACUUUGGCUUUCUUGUUGGCCUUUCCCCAAUGCCUAUACUCCAUAACCAAGGUGAUGCCUGGGAGAACUCUUUGCUAUGUAGCGUGGCCUGGUGGUCCAAAACAGCACUUUACGUAUCAUGUUAUUGUGAUUGUCCUGGUCUACUGCUUUCCACUGCUUGUCAUGGGCAUUACUUAUUCCAUAGUGGGAAUUACACUCUGGGGAGGAGAAAUACCAGGCGACACAUCCGACAAAUAUCAGGAGCAGCUCAAAGCUAAGAGAAAGGUGGUAAAAAUGAUGAUUGUGGUUGUGCUGACAUUUGCCAUCUGCUGGCUGCCGUACCACAUUUACUUCAUAGUUACUGGGAUCUACCAACAAUUAAAUCGGUGGAAAUACAUUCAGCAAAUCUAUUUGGCCAGCUUUUGGCUCGCCAUGAGCUCUACAAUGUACAAUCCCAUUAUCUACUGCUGUCUUAAUAAGAGGUUCCGAGCUGGCUUCAAACAAGCUUUCCGUUGGUGCCCCUUCAUCGAGAUGUCCAGCUAUGACGAGCUAGAGCUCAAAGCAGCUAGAUUUCAUCCCACUCGGCAAAGUAGCCUAUAUGCUGUGUCCAGAAUGGAGUCCAGCAUGACAGUGGUGUUGGACACUAGUGACGGAGACAACACCCACGCCAGCCGUAAGAAAAGAGCAGCUCCAAAGGACACCAGUUUCAAUGGCUGCUCACGGAAGAAUUCCAAAACUGUCUCCACAGCCUCAAGUCUCAUCAGUUCACUGCACACAUCAGCAGAUGAUUAUUCCUGAGCAUUUCAUGGUGACAGCUGCUAGAAGGGCAGCACUGGACAAUGCUUUCCUACUUUGGGACUAGAUAUUCAUGCCACAGGAAAGCAAACAUAAUUCCACUGACAAAACCUAGCUAUAAAUACAGCGAGACUUUUAAGCAUCACUUUUCUGCUUUGGAGAGAAGGAGGAACUUGAAGACAUAUGUAUGCUUCAGUUUGAAAGCACACGCUUAAUACACAGCAAUGUUGGUAGCAAUUAUCUGAAACAAGCCAAUGGCAUAAAAUACAUUGUUUCAGCUGUAUCUGACCUGUGGUAUUUAUGUUUCUCUUACUGCAAUGUAACAGACUCCUUAUUAAAGCUGAAAUGCAUCGUGGUUUCUACUAUGAGUUUAUUAAUCCCACACAAAAUUACACGAGAUCUGAUACAAUAUUUCUUUAUAAUGAAGACAUAAUGAGCCCCAAGUCUAUUUUUCUGUUUGUUUGUUUGUUUUAUAAUUAAGCCCUAUUCCCAGGCAAAUAAACAAAAGGGCAUUCACGUGAAUGAAGUUCAGCUCUGUCUGCAACAGGAAAAUUUUUCAACUAUAGAUGAAAAAUAUUUUUUUUAAAAGCAGAAAAUCUCCAAGGGACUAAGUUAAAUUCUACCCAAGUUUCUAUAUUAGUGAACAUUAGAUUCCAAUGGUAGGUGUGUUUCCAGGAGGAUUCAUUGCUUAGAUGAACGUCUUGUAUCUUAGUGAUAAGUUGUUUAAGUACUAAAAACUUUCUCUAAUGACCCUAACUGGACCUUUGUGAUUGACUUUAGAAAGGACAAAAGAUUUUAAACUGGAGAUUCACAUACAAGAAAAAUACCACUGUGGCAAUAAGCUCUUCUCUGCAGAA